ACGGACGGCGAAAAUGGUUACUUAUUUGUACUUAAGUCGCGUUGUAUAUUGGAUGCUAUGGAUAAUUCCACUUCUAGUCGAAUGUGGAAGGCGAUAUUCAGCCGCUGGUAGGAAUUCUGAAUCAAGAUGUGGUCUUGGGCCAACACGAUACUUAGCGGCACCAGAUAUACAUCCGGGUGUUGGCGAUACCUGUAACUACUAUGCAUGUGAGCGUGGUUCCUACCACUUAAAGUCAUGUCCCGAACGAUUUGGAGUCACUAGGCGAUUCAUGAAAUUUGGGCGACAGGGAAUAGCUCAGAAGUUUUUUCCAUGUAUUCGAAGUACACAUGUUUGUGCAAAGAGCACUUUGAAUAACACAGUUUCGGCUGCCGGGGUCGGUAUAUCGAACUCAAUUGGGUUUGUACCGAAGGUGAAUUUCUGUGGUAUAGAUUUGGCUAUAGCUGUCGAUGUGUCUUGCAGCAUCUCGAUCACCAACAAAGUCCUUGUCAAGCAGUUUGUAAUCGACCUGAUUAAAAGGAUGAAACUAGGUACCGGAUUCGUGAAAGUGGCAGGCUUGACAUUUGGAUCUAAAGUAAACUCAAUCCAGUUCCUUGAUGAAUCUAGAACGGCUCAACGGACGUAUUAUAACUUCGAAAGAAUGAAACUCGAGGACAAAAAAUGCCAAACACAUACUGACAAAGCAAUGGAGCUUAUACGUGAUCACAUCUUCAAUCCAAGACGUGGGGACAGGCCUGACAUGAAAAAUGUUUUAAUUUUGAUGUCAGAUGGGAAUACAUACCACGGUCCAACUCCUAAAAAUCGUAUUUUCAAAGAAAGAACAAAAGCAGCAGGUAGAGAUAUACGCGCUAGGGGUGUAGAAUCAUUUGUCAUAGGUCUUCCAACUGCAACUACUAAAAAGAAAGGACAAAAAAGACUUGAGGGUGUUGAUGAAUGGUUGGAAAUCGGAGGCGAUGACGAACACGUGUAUCUCUUGGACAACUUUAAUCAACUCAGGGCUAAGAUCGACCAAUUGAUUUCAGCAUCAUGCAAAGAUUCAGAAUUCAAAUUCUGGUGAAGUUACUCAACGAACGAAAUGAAUUUUGAGA